CAUAGUUACAGCGUCAAAAUGGCGACGUCCAUUAAAAGUAAAAGUGACAUUUUAUUAACAACCGAUAUACCUGGGCCAAUAAGUCACAAAAAUAUGGGACAUAAACUUUUACGACGACCAAGAGCUCCAGAUCAACCGGUUGUUAAAGAAUCAGAAACAUCAACUCCAUUGAAGUUUGUUGAACCAGAAACGAGUUCACCAAGUAAAUAUUACCCAAAUACGUCUGACAUAGAAUCGAGAACGGAAUCACAAUCAGCAGAAUACACUAACAGAUUUUCACCUGUGUCUCCUCCUCCACCAUCAGAGACUUUACCAACUAGAUUAUCUUAUCCAGCAAGAACAUUUAUAUCUCGUGAAAGUCACGUAACCUCUUUUAUAACAAAAGAUGAUACCAAGUUUAUAUUGGAUCCUAUUUUUCGUGGACGAACAAGUCUUGGAACGUAUGUGGAUGGUAAAAGUUUGGUUAAACCAUUCAAAACUAGAGGCCCUGAUCCAUUUCCUCUUCGGCAAACCAAACAAUUUCCACCAGUUUUCACAGAAUUUAAUACAGAUGAUAUCCACUAUCAUCAGCCUCCUGCUUUCACCUUGGAACAUUUUCUCGGACAGGUGUCCAAAACAGAAAAAAUUCCCCUGGUUAAAGUGAAGGAAAUUAUGUAUUCCACUUACAAUUAUAAAAAAUUAACUAAAUUAUUGACAGAUCGUUUUAUACAUAGAACAAAACCAGGAGCUAUUAAAGCAGCCAACAAAUAUAUAACACCAGAAAGUCAGAAUGUACCAGCAUAUGAACCAAGAGUACCACAAAGACAGUUAUUGAUAGAAAUGGCUGCCAUGAUAAAGAAACAUGUGAGAGAUGUGACUAACACUGAAGUCAAGACACUGAUUAAACCUAUGCCCAAAUUCUGUCCAUCAUAUGGCAGUGAAAUGGCACCACAUACAGAGAUUAUUUUAUAUGAAGAUAAAUCAACAGAUCGUAUUAAUCUACAUAAUAAAAAUAAACAAGAAACUGAACUGCCAGAACAAGAUGCUGUGUUCCAUUCAGCAAGAUCACAAUAUUUCCAGGGUUCUGGUCGAAGCAGAUCACCAUUUAACGUAGCUGGUGAAGGAACCAUAACUCCAUCUGAACUAGCUAUCCUAGAUUCUUUAAUCAGUGGUGGCUCUGCUCUAAGCUUAAAGGCACAUUUUAUCAGUGAAUUACCAGAUAUAUCUCCUAUGGUAAACACUAUCACGUAUCUUAACUUGUCCUUUAAUGAUUUCAGGACAAUACCUGAAGAGGUAUUAGAUAUACAUCAACUACAGAUAUUAAAGAUGAGAAAUAAUCCUUUAAUGUCGCUACCAUAUGAUAUUAAUAGACUGAGAAAUCUGAGAACAUUAGUGGCUUCUUUCUGUUUAAUUACUUCUUUACCCCACAGUUUUUUUGGAAUGAAGACAUUAGAACAUGUGAAUUUAUCUUAUAAUAAACUCUCCUCUAUUCAAAACAAUAUCAGCAAAAUGAGAUAUUUAUUGGAGUUAAAUCUAGAAGGUAACCAAUUGCCAGCCAUGCCAAGUGGAGCUUUAAAACUCAAUUUACAGUAUCUUAAUGUUAAAAAUAACUUCAUGCAUCCUUUAUUCUGGAAGGAAAAUACAUACAAUGAGCCACAGAGAUUAAGUGAUAUAUCAUCACUUGUUAUUUAUAAUAGCGGUAGAUAUAAUCUAACUAAGGGUUUACCAGAUGCUGUUGUUGGGGCAUUUCAAAGACCAGCUAAAUGUGAUUGUUGCCAUGGUGCUAUGUUUGGCUCCGGAAUGAGAAUUAUCCGACCCGUCUCAAAACUUUUUGGAAUAAAUAAUUUACCAUUUUUAUUCCAUGCCUGUAGUGUGUCUUGUUUGAACUUUUUCAAAGAUAAUACAGACACCUUAUCUCAAAUAUUAUAUGGAGAGGAAUAAAGCAUUUUUUUUUUUAUUAACAAAUAUUGAUUUACAUUUUGAAAGCUGCUUUCAUGUACAAAUAAAAUAAUUGAAAAUGGUCAUAUUUAAAAAAUUGAAUUGCUUUGGAAUUGAAAUUAUUGUUAUGAUUUAUUUACUUAAUGUAAAUGUCACAUGCUGUUCUUUCAGCUAAUGAUGUACAAAAUAAAAGGAUUCAAAUUAAAACUUUUUUCUAGUUAAAGAUGCAUUAUGUAAGAUUUCAAUAGAGACCUGGUGAUUCUUGCUAUAAUAGUUCAAAAAAUGAAUUUUACCUUUAAAUUUUAAAAUAGUGUUGGUGUUUAAUCCAAAUUUCGGCCAUCCUGUGGUAUAGAGAGUUGAUUAUGGGCUUGUCAUGUGAAUAAUUAUAACAUUUGAAGCCAGAAAAAAUUUAGCUGAUCCAUAAUGCAUCUUUAAAACUCCAAUUAGAGAAAAUGAUAAAUGAAAUUGUCCUAGUAAUAAAAAUAUCAGAACUUAUUGAUCAAGACAAGCUGAGACAUGUUACGGAAUUGGUCACAUUCGCAUUUCAGUUAUUGAUCAAACUAUUUUUUUUUUUUAUGAAAUGACACAUUCUAUGCUGACAAAAAAGAAUAAUCUUUUUUAAGCAUACAUUAUGCAAGAGCCAAAUUGCCAAUUGCAGAUCUUUCUUUAGGGAGAGAGAGAAAUGGGGUUUAACGUCCACUCGACACAAACUAGCUCAUUUCGGGACUAACAUAUGGUUCAAUUUUAUUUAAAUCAUUCACUUGCGCGUAGGGGUCUUUAGCAGUGGGAGUAAACCGGAGGACCCGGAGAAAACCCACAAGGUUCCACAGGCGACCCUACUCCUUGUCACGUACAACCGGGGAAUCGAAACCCUGCAAGUUAACUCAAUGACAGACCGUAUGAUAUAGCGUGCGCGUGCUAACCAUUCGGCCAUCCAACCCCCCCCCCCUUUCUUUAGGCCUGAAAUGUUAUCUAAAGACAUUAAUCAACUUAAGGAGACCAUGUUCAACUCUCGAUGCCAUCGCUAGCCUGUGAUAUUUAGCAGAUUGGAAUACAUGAUGAUUAAGGCUAGGCUAAACUUCAAAAGCUAAUAUCUCGGUUCAGAGUGGAGCAAUUUGACUGAAAUUUUCAGCAUAUUCUAUUUACGUUACCUAUUUUUAAACUAUUAUAGCGCGAACAGUCAACUCUUUAUCUAAUCUUCCAUAAUGCCCCUUUAAUAAAAGACUUUAUAUAUGUCAAGCGGUUUUAUCUGUACAAUAAUUGUAUAUUAUAGGUUUCAUAUUGUGAUCAAUCUUAUUAAAAUCAAAUGUCAAUUA